GUCCUCGAUGAUUUUCUGGGGUAGAAACAAGCCGACGAGGAGGUCGUUCCAACAAAGAAGUUUGCAGGAAAAAGGUGGUCCCAGUCAAGAACACCGUUUUAUGAAGCGAACGACCGAGCGCUUCUAUCUGCUUUUUUUUGCCACGGUGUUGUUGCUUUUACGCGUAAAAUGAAGCCAUCAACUUGUUGCAAUUGACUUGAAACGUUAUCAGAGCCAUAAGGGAGCAGUAUGCCGUUUUAUCAUCUGGAUUCAACUUUGAAAAAUCCGAACCAAAAAAAACUGAGACAACAGCUGAGAGUGGGGUGAGGAGGAGGUUGGCUUUGGCAAGUUGUGGACUUCUGCCUUGUAACUCCCGCUGUCGUAUGUUGCUAGCUAACUUGCUAAUUAGCUAACUUUGAUAUAAGAAUUGCCCCAUUUCAUCAGUCUACUACAGUGUGGUGAGGUCUGUUUUCUGAGUGGUCUGCCACAGUGAUUGGUUCAGUGGGCCACUGCAGCAUUUCCUCAAGAACAUUGGCUGCCUCCUGUGGCUUGAUGCUUUUCAGUGCUUGGAUGUUGCGUGGGCGAUGAGGAUGUCCUGCUGGUCCCAGUGGGACAGGAUUGUGAUGUGAUGGGGUGCAGGACGAGCAAGGUCCUCCCUGAGCCACCUGGAGAUGUCCAGCUAGACUUGGUCAAAAAGGUGGAUCCCCUCCAGACCGACAUCUACAAACAUUUCAUCCGAGGCGACGGCAGUGGGAGUAAAAUGAGAGGGGAGAAAACAGGCUCUCCCCCGCCCCAGGCAGCAUUCUCAGCCGCCCAGGCACCCACAAAUACAGGCCAACCAGAGGCCUCUGACCCACGCAGAAACAAGGUAGCCAAGUACAGAGCUAAGUUUGACCCACGGGUCACAGCCAAAUAUGACAUUAAGGCGCUGAUAGGCCGAGGUAGCUUCAGCCGGGUGGUGCGAGUGGAGCAUAAGAGCACGCGGCAGCCCUACGCCAUCAAGAUGAUAGAGACGCGCUACAGAGAGGGACGUGAGGUAUGUGAGUCAGAGCUGUGUGUCCUGCGGCGUGUACGCCACACCAACAUUAUCCAGCUGAUGGAGGUGUUUGAGACAGCUGAGCGAGUUUACAUGGUGAUGGAGCUGGCUACAGGGGGAGAGCUUUUUGACCGUAUCAUUGCCCGUGGCUCUUUCACAGAGCGUGAUGCUACACGUGUCCUACAGAUGGUACUGGAUGGGGUCAAGUAUCUACAUACACUUGGCAUCACCCACCGUGACCUCAAGCCUGAGAACCUGCUCUACUAUCACCCCGGUGCAGACUCUAAGAUUAUGGUCACUGACUUUGGGCUGGCCAGCACUCGUAAGAAGGGUGAUGAGUGCUUGAUGAAGACCACUUGUGGGACACCAGAGUACAUUGCCCCAGAGAUCCUGGUACGAAAGCCAUACACCAAUGCUGUGGAUAUGUGGGCUCUAGGGGUCAUCUCCUACAUUCUGCUGAGUGGAACCAUGCCCUUUGAGGAUGACAACCGCAUGCGCCUCUACCGUCAGAUCCUCAAGGGGAAGUACAGCUUUUCUGGGGAGCCAUGGCCCAGUGUGUCCAACCUGGCAAAGGACUUCAUCGACCGUGUGCUGACUGUUGACUCCAGUGAGAGGUUAACAGCAGGCCAGGCUCUGAAGCACCCCUGGAUCGUCAGCAUGGCCGCGUCAUCCUCCAUGAAGAACCUGCAGCGCUCUAUCUCCCAAAACCUCCUGAAGAGGGCCUCAUCACGCUGUCACAGCACCAAGUCUGCCCAGUCCACACGCUCCAGCCGCUCCACCAAGUCCAACAAGGCUCGUCGUGCUCGGGAGAAAGAGCUGCGUGAGCUCAACCGCCGCUACCAACAACAAUACAAUGGCUGAGUAAUAGUUAUGUGGGUUGCAAUGUUGAAAUUCAUGUUGUGUGUCUCAUUGAGACCACAAGCAGGGACUUACCAGCAGCUGCCUGGAACAGCAAUUCAGCUCCUAGGCCAUAGUGCCACUGGGGCAGCAAGAAAAACAUCCUCAUAUUUCACCCUUUUUUCCUAGAUUCCUAUUCCCUAAUGUUUCUUUCCUGUGUCUCACAUUUUAUUUAUUGUUGAUUUAUAUUGUUUCCGUGGAAAUGGUCACUUGAAGCUGCCCAUCUAAACGGAUCUGUUGAACAACAUUCUAGGAAUUAAGUUUUAGGAAGGGGUGUUAAAAUGCUGUUCCUGCACUCGUUCUUGAUUAUUUGCUGUGAAUUCAUGGUACAAGAACAGUGGGUCACUUGCUUUGGUGGAGAUACACUACAUGACCAAAAGUAUGUGGACACCUGCUCGUUGAACAUCUCAUUCCAAAAUCAUGGGCAUUAAUAUGGAGUUGGUCCCCCUUUUCGGCUAUAAACCCUCUUCUGGGUAGGCUUUCCACUAGAUCCAUUCAGCUACAAGGGCAUUAGUGAGGUCGGGUACUGUCGGCGUUCCAAUUAAUCUGAAAGGUGUUCGAUGGGGUUGAGGUCAGGACUUUGUGCAGGCCAGUCAAAUUCUUCCACACCAAUCUCGACAAACAAUUUCUGUAUGGACCUCGCUUUGUGCACGGGGGCAUUGUCAUGCUGAAACAGGAAAGGGCCUUCCCCAAACUGUUGUCACAAAGUUGGAGGCACCGAAUCGUCUAGAAUGGCAUUGUAUGCUGUAGCGUUAAGAUUUCCCUUCACUGGAACUAAGAGGCCUAGCCCGAACCAUGAAAAACAUCCCAGACCAUUAUUUAUCCUCCACCUGACUUUACAGUUGGCACUAUGCAUUGGGGCAGCUAGUGUUCUCCUGGCAUCCACCAAACCCAGAUUUGUCCUUUAGACUGCGAGAUGGUGAAGCGUGAUUCAUCACUCCAGAGAAUGUGGUUCCACUGCUCCAGGGUCCAAUUGCGGCGAGCUUUACACCACUCCAGCCAACGCUUGGCAUUGCGCAUGAUGAUCUUAGGCUUGUGCGGCUGCUCGUCCAUGGAAAGCCAUUUCAUGAAGCUCCUGACUAACAGUUCUUGUGCUGACGUUGCUUCCAGAGGUAGUUUGGAACUCUAGUGAGUGUUGCAACUGAGGACAGACGAUUUUUAUGCACUAUGCGGUUCCAUUCUAUAAGCUUGUGUGGCCUACCACUUCGCAGCUGAGCCGUUGUUGCUUCUAGAAGUUUUCACUUCACAAUAGCAGCACUUACAGUUGACCGGGGCAGCUCUAGCAGAGCAGAAAUCUGAUGUACUGACUUGUUGGAAAGGUGGCAUCUUAUGACAGUGCCACAUUGAAAGUAAUUUAGCGCUUCAGUACGGGCCAUUCUACUCCCAAUGUUUGUGUAUGGAGAUUAUGUCUGUGUGCUUGAUUUUAUACAGCUGUCAGCAAUGGGUGUGGCUGAAAUGGCCAAAUCCACUAAUUUGAAGGGAUGUCCACAUACUUCUGGUCAUGUAGUGAAUAUAUCCUGAGAUACGGAGUAUUUUUUUUUUUAUACUUUGUGCUAAAACACAAGUAUGUCAGAAGCAAGGUUUCCAUCCAAUUGACUACAGAUUUUCUUGUGAAUAUAUAUAUAGAUUUUCUUGUGUAUAUGUAUAUAUAUAUGUGUAUAUAUAUAUAUAUAUAUAUAUAAGAAUGAAAAACAAUCAGAGAUGUGUUUCCGGGAAAUGAACUUUUUUGCGGAUGAAAGGCUUUGCUUGAUGAUGUAGUGUUUAUAAAAAUAACUUUUGCGGUUAAAUUCCCAAAUUACAAAAAUAUAAGUUAAAUGGGUUUCCAUCGCAUUUUCAACUCGGAUUGUUUUGCCACAAAAAAAUUUGCGUUAUAUAGCGGAUGUGCCCACUCUGAUACAGUGCAGGUAAAGCCUACAUGAUGAGAUUAUUAUGGCCAUCAUGUCACCAGAAUAAGACCCUCAAUAUUUAUUGGAAAUGAGAUUCAAACUCAUCACCUUGCACUUUCACCACCCUGUGAAGUUCAUCAUAAUUUAUUUCAUCUGUAGCAUAAUAAACUGCAUGGUUUCCCGAGUUGUAGUGGGAGAACCAUACAUGUCAUCACUUGACUCCAAGUUUACUUCGAUAUGAUGGUUAUUCUAUCACUAUUUGCGCAUAAAAGCAUUUCCACCUACAUUUCUCUGAUAAUUAAUUUUACUGACACAAAAAUAUCCCACCAUGUGUAGCACAUAUUGUUUUGUCGACAUUUGGAAAGUACUGAAAAAUGUGCUGUUUCCAUCAGGCCAGUCAUGACUUAAAAAAAAAAAAGCAGGUUGGAUGGAAACCUGGUUAAUGAAGGCCAAAAUAAACAUUUAUUUAUUUAAUUUUGGUUUAGAAGUCUAGUAUAUCCAAUAUUAUUGUAUUCUGACCAGUUGCUUUCAUGAUUUGAAAAUUAAGUAUUUUUCUAUCCGGGAUUCCGUUUUUAUAACCUGUUAAUGUAGGAGUUGUUUCUAUUCAUUUUGGGAUUAUUUUUUAACUGUGAUCUUGAAAGACUAUGGGAGGUUGACUGGAAACUCUAAAUAAGGAAAGAUGAGCCAGCGCUUUUGCAUAGUUGUCAUUGUGGGGACUGGGGACUUAUUCGGAUCGAGGCCUGUCCUGUCUCUGCACUUUCCUGGUCCUGCUACACAGUCUGAGAUGGACAGCCCUGUUGUAAUGAAGGAUACACGUCAAGGGAUGUGUAAUUUAACAAAUUGAUGGAGAAUCGAUCCAAUAGAUCGCUAACUGAUGGAGAACUGGUUGAUGGCUCAGUAUUAAUUUAGUUUGUUAUAUCAAAUGUCUUUCCAAUUUGUUCUGAUUAGUUUAGACAUGUCAUGUUUGUUUUGUAUUUUUUCCCAUAAUUGUCAUUGACCAAACCGUAUAGUUAGUAGGUUGACAACAUUUGUAAUAUUGUGGAUGCUUUGCCAGUCAGAGCUCACAGACAGCUAUUGGGAGAGACCAAUUUAAAUCUGGCACUUGUUCUCUAUUGUCAAGUCUUUUAAAAAUCAAGAAUAAUUGCCAUAAAAUAUGCUUAAAAACAAAUCUGGAGUGUUGUGAUGACGUAUCUUACAUUGUUCUUUCAAAUAAGUAUCUUCAAUAAUUCCACGUUUUAUUUUUAGCGUACUUUGUUAUAGCCUGUGAAUGCACUUAUUUUAAUUUUAUUCGAGGGAUGGAUCAAGAACCUGAUCACAUUUAACUGAUUGUUUCUAGCACUUCAUUUUGAGGGGUCAUUUAAGUGUUUUGAAGGGCUUCAAAAGCAACUGUGUGUUUAAAAAAAAAAAUAUUAAUAAUUAUACCUCUUAGUUAUUGUGUUGACAGGAUGUAGGUUUUAUGUCUUCAUUAAAACUGCUCUUGUUAGAUAAUUUUGUGUUUACCUUUUUGUACUCCCCAAACAGAACAACCAUUUAUAAGCAAUUGGUAUGAUGUGGUCAUAUGUACGUUUAAGUAAUUUGUGGUGAGAAGCGCUGGUAUUUUGAGGUACAUUUUUUAUAAGAUACUGGAAAUUCAACAGAGCCGUAUCAGCUGACCUCAGUCUCUCUUUUGGAAUUUCUAUAAUGUUACAUUAUGCUCUAUCUACACUGUCGGUCCUACUGCUGUUAUUUGUUUUGUAAAUCGUUGCACACAGUCAAGUGCAGUGGUGUCCCCCCCUAUCCACAUAGUUCACGUGGUCACCUGUUGACGUAAUGGUAACUCAAUUUUAAUAGCAUCUCUUCGUCACAUGAAGUACCUGACAUUUGUAUUGUUGUCAUUUAUGUGCAUGUUUCUGUAAGUAGACACUUUUUUUAGUUCAACUCUGUGUGUGUCAUGAAACAUACAGUGCAUUUGGAAAGUUCAGACCCCUUGACUUUUUAUGUUACAGGCUUUUUCUGAAAUGGAUUAAAUACAUUUCUUCCCUCAUCACUCUACACACAAUACCCCAUAAUGACAAAGUGAAACGUUUUUAUUUUAUUUUUAUUUUUUGUUUGCAAAUGUAUGAAAAGUAAAAAACAGAUUACUUAUGAAAAUACGUUUUCAGAACCUUUGCUAUGAGACAUGAAGUUGAGCUCAGGAGCAUUCUUUUUUUCAUUCGUCAUCCUUGGUGUUUCUACAACUUGAUUAGAGUCCAUCUGUGGUAAAUUCAAUUGAUUAGACAUGAUUUGCAAAGGCACACACCUGUCUACAUAAGGUCCCACAAUUAACAGUGCAUGUCAGAGCAAAAACCAAGCCCGAGAUCGAAGGAAUUGUCCGUAGAGCUCCGAGACGGGAUUGUGUCGAGGCGUAGAUCUGGGGAAGGGUACCAAAAAAUGUCUGCAGCAUUGAAGGUCCCCAAGAACACAGUGGCCUCCAUCAUACUUAAAUGGAAGAAGUUUGGAACCACUAAGACUCUUCCUAGAGCUGGCCAAAUGGAGCAAUAUGGGGAGAAGGGCCUUGGUCAGGGAGGUGACCAAGAACCUGAUGGUCACUCUGACAGAGCUCCAGAGUUCCUCUGUGGAGAUGGGAAAACCUUCAAGAAGGACAAACCAUAUCUGCAGCACUCCACCAAUCAGGCCUUUAUGGUAGAGUGGCCAGACGGAAGCCACUCCUCAGUAAAAGGCACAUGACAGCCUGCUUGGAGUUUGCCAAAAGGCACCUAAAGGACUCUCAGACCAUGAGAAACAAGAUUCUCUGGUCUGAUGAAACCAAGAUGGCCAACUCUUUGGCCUGAAUACCAAGCGUCAAGUCUGGAGGAAACCUGGCACCAUCCCUACAGUGAAGCAUGGUGUCAGCAUCAUGCUGUGGAGAUGUUUUUCAGCAGCAGACUAGUCAGGAUCGAGGGAAAGAUGAACGGAGCAAAGGACAGAGAGAGCCUUGAUGAAAACCUGUUCCAGAGUGCUCAGCCCCAGUAUGAGAUCCUAAGGUUAACCUUCCAACAGGACAACGACCCUAAGCAUACAGCCAAGACAACGCAAGAUUCGGAACAAGUCUCUGAAUGUCCUUGAGUGGCCCAGCCAGAGCCCGGACUUGAACUCGAUUGAACAUCUUUGUAGAGACCUGAAAAUAGCUGUGCAGCAAUGUUCCCCAUCCACCCUAACAGGGCUCUGCAGAUAAGAAUUGGAGAAACUCCCCAAAUACAAGUGUGCCAAGCGUGUAGCGUCAUACUCAAGGCUGUAAUUUCUGCCAAAGGUGCUUCAACAAAAUAACGGGUCUGAAUAGUUAUGUAAAUGUAAUAUUUCUGUUUUGCUAACAUUGAAUUUUUAUAUAUAUAUUUUGAAAGUUUGGCUUUGUCAUUAUGGGGUACUGUGUGUAGAUAGAUGAAGAAAAAACGAUUUAAUCCAUUUUAGAAUAAGGCUGUAAUGUGAAAAAAGUCUAGGGGUCUGAAUACUUUCCGAAUGCACUGUACAUCUAUCUGUAACAUGCAUUUCCACCCCACAGAACUAAUAAUGCCAUGGUUUCAGUCACUUGUUGAUUUGGUUUUUGGAACACCACUGUCUUACAUAAAAAAAAAAUUUAAGGUUUGGUUUUAAUGCACAUUUGAGAUUCUAAAUUCUCUGAACAUAACAAAAACACAAUUGCUGGACCAAAAGAGUAAUAAAUAAAAAACAUGUUGAAAUGAAGCAAAGGUUUAAAAAUAAAACACAAUUGUAAAGUGUGCAAUGUGUGCCAGGUCAAUGAAUAAGUAAAUAGUAUUUGCAAGCGAUUUUGCAGAAUGUGAACAUUUUCCUAAAGCGUUUCCUUUCACAUUUUCUAUAUGUACUAUACAUGUAUAAAUGUUGUUGACCGUUUUCUGAAGUAGCCAAUUCAACACUGUCUUCUGAGUACAAUUGUUUUAUGAUUUUGAAUAUUCUUGUUCAUUUGUGUGUUUAAAUGAGUGAUAACAUCAUAUUGAUUAUUCUACAUUAACUAAUGGUGAACUGGUUCAAUAAGUCAUGUUUUAUGCAAAUGUGCCAAAUAAACUCGAACCUGACUACCUUU